AUGAAUAAUACGACGUUAAUAUCCUUACAAGAAAAUAUACAAAUGAAAUUAACAGAUACAUAUGAUACUUCUGGUGCUAUUAUAUUUAUUGUUGGUGUUCUUGUUUGGUAUUCAUUAGGUGUUGUAUGUUUAUUGAGAAUGCAAACAAUAUCAUCUUCUGUUGUUAUUGAAAAUUCAUCAAAACAUUCGACUAAAUUAUUUAAUAGAAGUUUUCGUGAAAAAAGAGAUAGAAAAAUAAUAUUAGAAGAAUUAGUUGAUAAAGAAAAUCGUGAUAAAUUAUGGGAUAUUUAUUUUGGUACAUCAGACGAUAUGAAUAAUAAAAUUAUUCAUAAAGAACCAUUUCGUAUACGUAAUAUUCAGCGACGAUUAGAAAUGAUCGAUAAAGAUAAUCAAGAUGAUAAUGAAAGAAUUCAAUUUUCACAGGGUCAUAAAGAUCCUGAUUCGAAAUAUUUCUCGUUAAGUCGUAAUAAAUCUUCAUCCGAUCGUAGAUUAUAUGUUAAACAUCAUUCAUUAGUAGAUCGUCAAACACUUGAAGAAUGGGAAAAGAAUGUUGAUAGUGUAAAAAUAUCUGAAAAUUAUUCAUUAACUAUUCCAAGAUUAUUUACACGACGACAUUCACGACGAUAA